AUGGCCGCAGGCAAGGAAAUUACUCGAGGAGAGGUUGAACUUGUGGCUGUCACAUCGACGUUGCCUGUGGUGCCAUUUCCACCACCAGAACAACGGGCCGCAAUCUUGACGGAGCGCCUUCUUUUACGACCUUAUCAAGAAGCGGACUUACAGGCGCUAUAUGAGAUGCAAUCUGACCCAGAGGUUGCACAGUGGACGUCAACAGGCAUCGCUCACACCGACAUUCAAGAGACGAAGAAAUCCCUCGAGCCCAUGCUCCAAAACGCCGCGGAAAGACAAGACUAUGUCAUCUGCCAAGCAUCGACUGGUCAAGUCAUUGGACAGGGUGGCUGUCACAGACGCUGUGGCACGCUUGGCUGGCCCGAGAUAGGAUACUCACUCAGGAAGGAGUUCUGGGGCCAAGGCUACGGCACCGAGUUCCUCCAAGGCUUUCUCCAGUUGUGGUGGACGCUGCCCCGCGCAGAGGUUCACUUAAAUGUUGAUAAGACCACCAUCCCAGACGGGAAUGCCGGGGGCGUAGUCCCUGAGUGCAUGGUCGCAAUCACCAUCGAGGCCAACAAGGCGAGUCGUGGGGUCAUGGCCAAGGGCGGCUUCGAGUUGGUCCGACGACACCCUGUCAUCGAUCUGCGAGACAAUACCCAGACGAUAGACUUGUUCUGCCACGCUGCACGCCGUCCCCGAGAAUCACAGAAUUAG